AUGGAUGUGAAGGAUGUGCAGUUCAAGGCCAGCAAAGGCUGGUUUGAUCGUUUUCAGCGUCAGUCCAACCUAUAUAAUGUGAAGGUGUCAGGUGAAGCCGCCAGUGCUGAUCAUGGAGCUGCACAGAAGUUCAAGCCAGAGUUAGCUAAAUUAAUUGCUGAGAAGGGUUACAGUGCAAAGCAAGUGAUUAAUUAUGAUGAAACAGGCCUUUUUUGGAAGAAAAUGUCCUCCAAGACGUACAUAAGUAAAGAAGAAAAACAUGCCAAAGGUUUUAAAGCUGCCAAGGACAGAGUCACACUUCUCUUGGAAGGAAAUGCUGAAGGCGACCUGAAUCUGAAGCCAAAGUUGAUAUACCACUCAGAAAAUCCGAGAGCAUUGAAGGGACUAAUCAAAGAUUAUUUACCUGUCGUGUGGAGAUCAAACAAAAAGGCCUGGCUUACUACAACCAUACACCAGGACUACUUCAGCUCUUACUUGGCACCUAAACUAACUGAAUACGCCUCUGCAAAUAAUAUAGCAAAUCGGUUUCUGCUCAUCCUGGACAACGCUCUCAGUCAUCCAAAGUGUAUGGAAGAUUGGGCUGAGAACAUUCAAGUGGUGUUCCUUCCUCCCAACACUACUUCACUGAUCCAACCAAUGGAUCAAACCAUAAUUAAAACCUUUAAGGUGGAAAUUCAUUAA